GUCGGAGUUGCGGCAGUGCAAUAAUAAACAUGGAUGCCUGUAACGCGGUCGAGGAAGAGGUUGAUAAGAUUUUACUUAAAUUCACCGGCAUAAAGGAACAUGCAGACCGGGUUCUCAGCGACAUUACGAACCAUGUUGAAUCGUUGAAGAAGGAAAUGGACGAAUCUCCUCCAGACCAUGAGUUGACAGCAGCGCAGAUUCUUAUUAUGAAGGAAGCCUUAAGCAAAGUGCGAGAGACAGUACAACGCUUAGCAGGUGAUCACCGUGACAUUCACACAACCAUAUGUAAACUUGGUCGGGCGAUUGACAGGAAUUUUGAUUCUGACUUCGCAUCUGUAAGCCGAGAAGAUGUGUUUGGUGGAUUUGAACAGGUUCUAUUACUAAAUCGGGUUAUUUGUCAACACUUUUACCGACAUGGAAUGCUCGACAUUGCUGGUGAACUAGCAAGGGAAUCUGGUUUGAAAUCUGAGGAAGGUCACAAAGAACCUUUUACUGAGCUCAACAACAUACUUGACAGCUUGAAAGAAAGAGACUUGGCUCCAGCUUUGGCCUGGGCAGAAAGUCACAGAGACAGUUUAGAGGCCCAGAAUUCAUCUUUGGAAUUUAAACUGCAUCGACUACAAUUUAUUGGCCUAAUUCAGGAAGGGGCAUCAAGGCAAAAUGAAGCAAUUCAAUAUGCUCGCACCCAUUUCAGCCAGUUUGUCCGUAGGCAUGAAAAAGAAAUACAAAACCUCAUGGGAAUGUUCCUGUAUCUACCUCACGGAGUAAACAAAUCUCCCUACAAUCAUCUAUUGGAUCCAAAUCUCUGGUCAGAGAUUUAUGAUGUGUUCACUCGUGAUGCAUGUUCAUUGCUUGGGCUUAGUGUGGAUAGCCCUUUGUCAGUGUGCAUUAAUGCAGGUUGCACUGCUCUACCAGCAUUGCUGAAGAUAAAACAUUUAAUGCAACAACGUCAGGUUGCAGGCAUUUGGAAUGGGAAAGAUGAACUUCCGAUUGAAAUUGAUUUGGGACAAGAAAAUCGGUAUCAUUCUGUAUUUGCUUGUCCUAUUUUACGCCAUCCAAGUUCUGACUCCAACCCACCAAUGAGAUUAGUUUGUGGACAUGUAAUCUCUCGGGAUGCGUUGAAUAAACUGGUCAGCAGUAACAAAUUGAAAUGUCCAUACUGUCCUGUUGAACAAAAUCCAUCAGAUGCAAGACUUAUUUACUUCUAAAUGGUAUAAGUUUGAAGAUUGCAAUUUGCAAGAUUGUAGUCAUACUGAUCGACGCCACCAUUGGGAGUCCUCAACAAGAGUCCGUCAACAACACCCUGUUUGUGUGUGUGUGUGUGUGCGUGCGCGUGUGUGUGUGUGUCUGUGCAAGUCUUUCAUAUUUCAAAAAAAGCUUUUUUUUUUUUUUUACUGACCAGAUUAGGUUUGUCAUCUAUGAGGUGCUGAAGUCAAAUACUUCUAAUGGAUCAAAGAUGUUUGCUUUUGGGAAUGUCUACUGAAUAUACUUUCUCCAUAUACUUCAGUUUUCAUUGAGAACUCUGAACUGUGUAAUUGAAUGAGCAUCCAUAGUACAUAUUAUUACUAGGAAUUCUGAUAAAGGACUGAGAGGACAAUUGUUGUGCCACAAUCAUGAUCUGUUCUCUCCGAAAAGAAAAAAGAAAGCGAAACAACUAUGAGGAAAAGUGUGUUCAUCAAUUAAUCGUGAAGAAAAGAAAAGAGAAAAAAAUGCAUUCUGCCAUUUUUUUACCGCAAUAUUUAUAUCCUAACUAAGAGUAGCUAUUGUACUUUUUAUUUCUUUUAAUUAAUUUGUAGCAGGAUCUUAAUCUUAUAGGACUUAAAAAGUAGUUUUUGUUGGGCAUUACUAUUCGUCAUUCAGUAGUGCCUUGGUUUCUCUGGAAUGCAAAAGAAAUAUUUACUUAAUGACUUAUAUGUCUCAUUUUGACUUUCCACUUUCAGAAUUGUAUCUCUAACUCCACUUCUGUGUAAUAAACCAUUGAUAGGAAGUGGCCAAUUUCUCUGUAUGUUACUGUUUAUUUUACAUUGUUUUUCUAUAGGAGUAUAAACAUUGAAUGUUAGAAGCAAGUUUGAUACUGUGUUAUGUUUUGUGUGUAUAUGUUUGGAUAGGAAAUUGGUUUUGGGAACACAUCGGUGUGUCAGAUACCGGUAAUAGCAUAGAUUCUUAGACAGCAGCUUUCACAGAAGCACCCCUUUUUCCCAUAGAAGAGCUCUUAUUGUCACAGAUGCAAGCUCACAGACUACAAAUCUAUGUAAUGGACUACAUGAAUAUUGUAGACUGAAGAGUGCUCUUAAUGACAUGGGUACUAUUAAAUGAUGCGCUCCUUGUCUUGUGACAAGGUCCUUUGCUUA